AUGGCUCCGCCGCCGACUGAUGCGACGGUGCCUUCAACAAGGCGUGUUCGCAAAUCUAUUGGAAGCCAUGUUUCACUGAAAAAAACCAUGGAUAAGGAGAAUGCGACCGUGGAUGUGGCCGGCGCACUGGCAGAGAUUCACAGGAAGUCGCGAAGCAAGAGUAUUGGGCCUGGGGGUCUCGAUGCGCUGAAACACGCCAACGGCAAUCGACGUGCUUCCAUCGCGGCGGCUCCCAUGCCACGGUCGAUUCUUAGACCGACCCCUUACUCCGCACCGGAAAUUCCGCAGCAAAGGCACGGAAAUCAACGUACCUCAAAAUUGACAGAUUCUAAAGAUUCAACCCGGGCUUUGGCGUCCUCGCAUGAUGAUAACACGAACGGCUCCAAAGUGGCUCUCCGGACCGAAGAGGAGCAACAAGCGGCCGCUCGAGAAAGAGAAGAGCGAGAGCGCAGAGAUGCUCGGCGCAAGUCCUUAGCAAACAGGAGGGUAUCCUUUGCUGCAGAGGCAACACUUCACACUUUUCACGAAGUAGAAUACAUGCCAGACUCAACUACUUCAACCGAUGACUCGUUCAGAAGAGCUUCGUCCGUCAAUGGGUCCGAUAUUUCAAGGUCUGCGUCCAAGGCGGCAGACGAUGAGAAUGCUCCUAGACGAAACUCGGGGCUUCCUGCGCUCAAUUUUCACAAUGUGGACGACGCCACCCUCACGUCGACGAUAUACAGUUCGGAUUCUGAGCCGGCGGACGCAGUGGAAGAGGUUGAGGACGAUAGUGGCUCCAGCAGCGAUUCGGACGACGGAACCAUGAUGACAAUUGAAACAGAAGAAGUCACGGGAACCACUUUUGCCUCUGAAAGAUAUGGGUCUGAUGAUGAAAGCUCGACUCUUGAUCAAGCUCUCAGGGCUGCAGCAGAGAGAGCCGGGACGCAGCGCCUUGGCAGCGACCCCGAAGAAGACGAAGAGCUUGACGAGGGCGAAGAAAUCAUUCCAUCGUUUGGCUGGGUCAAGAAGAAUAACUCUUCGGUUUCAGCUGGCGAGACGGAACCGUCAUUGCCCACGGAGGAUGAUGGCACGGAAAUGGACAUGGGCAUGGACAUGGAAAUGACCAGUGCUGUGGGAAGAAUUCUCAGACCUCAACAACAUACAAUGGAUAACACAAGGGAUGGAGAAAUGUCAAUGGAUGUCACACAGGCACUCGGGGGCAUUGUCUCCGAAGACAAGACGAGACGAGACGCGCCAGGACCGCUUGUUGCUGGGGAAAAUUGCAAAGACGAUGCCUCCAUGGAAGCAACAAUGGAGUUUACAACAGCUCUUGGUGGUAUUCAUCAGCCACAGAAAAUGCAACAAGAUGGCGAAUUCGACACAAAUGAGGAUUUUUCAAUGGAAUUCACCACUGCGUUGGGCGGAGUGCUGUCGCAGUCCAAAGAAGUUGAAGCAUCUACCAGUCGACGACAAACCCUCAGCAGGCUAGGAGAGGCUGAUAUAACCAUGGAUAUGACCGUAGCAUACGGGAAUAUUUUGGCCCAAAACUCUCCCCAAAAGGACUCCAAGAUAAUGGAGGAGGAGACUUUUGGCAUGGACAUUACUGCCGCUAUUGGAGGAAUCUUGGGUAACGGGCUUGUGCCUUCCUCGCCAAGCCCAGGACACAAGAUGAUGAAAGAACGAGGCAGAAAGUCGCUCAAUCCCGAUAGAAUCGCCAUGGCUGCGGUUGCGCAGCAAACACCGACACGUCGAAGCUCCCGCUUGUCCGCAAUUUCUCAAGCUGCUGCGGCAUCUGCAGCUUCAGAAAUGAAAGACGACAGCCGCAACAGUCAUGUCGAACUACCAGCCUUGCGGGGCGAAGAUCUUCGCCGUAGCCAUGAACCACAGACUCCAGACACAAUAUCGUCUCCUCUCAGAACACCGACAUCAUCGCCACCCAAACUGACGAAAUCGCGAGCUCUUACAGAUUCUUUUGGCACUCCGUCUCAAAGAAGGCGGACGCAGCGCAAGAGCCCACGAUCCGUCACCAAGAUUCAGUCGACUGGAUCUGCCCACGCCGAAAAGAAGGUAUCACCGCCUGAGUCGUUGAAUCCAAGAUGUUCACUGUUUCAAAGCGAUUCGGAAACUGGCACAAGGACGCCAACCGUGAUCAUGACACCGCAAACCCGCCGUUUGUCCGGGUAUGGGGCAGACAAAAGUGGCCUGGGGUCUCGGCAAGUUACAGAACUAUUUGACAGGCGGAGCUCCAUUGGCGAUAGCGCCACUAAAUUCAUACCUGGGCGACAAGCGGUGUCUUUUGACGACCCCAAGGCUGUGGAAGGUGAGGUGGACAAGGAUCGCAAACACGACGAGGCGAAAGAAAGUCCACACUUGUUCUCUUCAGCAAAGGCCGCCGCCCUCCAGCAGCCAGAUAAGGAUGCUACGUUUAACUUGCGAGAGAUGAUCAAUAGCUUGAGCCCAAGGCGUAAUGCUUUAAGAGGAAGAAAGAGCCUUCACGUGGGAAGUGCAAAAGGCCUUCUUGGAAAAAGGCCAGCGGAGCUGGAUGAAGACGAAGAUUCCGACGAUAACGACGGAGUCAAACGUCUCAAGGGGCACAAAGGUAGCCCCGUGAAGAAUAUCAAGCUACAGCAGCCACCGUCUGCAGCUGAGACAACAGGCAAACUUAAUAGAGCGUCGCCAUCAAGGCUUGAGCCUAAUGCGAGCAACUUACUAUCCUCUUCCUCCUCACCCCUGAAGAAUGGUACGAACAUCACGCCGCAUAAGCGAGAGGAGCGGAUCGGAAUUUUGGGACAAAAUCCAACAGUCCAGGAGGUUAACUUUUACCACAACCAAGGUAUAAAAAAGGCAGAAGAACCUGACCAGAAUCUCGAUGACGGCAGAAUUCAUCUUCAAGACUUCUUGAACAUGACAUCAAUUCGCUUCAUGGAGCUCACAACUACAAAACGGCGCCAUACUGUUGCACCCAACAGCCUGCAAGAUCAAUCUACUGUGGAGGGAGAGGAUGGGAUGUCUUUAGAGCGAUUUGUAGUUGCUGGGGCUUGCACCGUACCCAUGCUGGAGCUCUAUCAACACUCUUGUCGUGAGUUGAAAAAUUACAUAGCCGAGGGCCGCCGCAUCGUCAAAGAAAUCGAGGCGGAGACCCUGGAGGACAAUCCUCCCUUAUUCCGCGAGUACGUUACUGCUACCCCGAACGUGAAAGCUCUCAUGGACAACCAGUUCAAAAACGUCAAGACGUAUGCCAGGCUACUAAGCAAAGCCAUGUGGUACGAGUGGAGGAUGAAAUUGCAAGAGGGGCUGAAAGAAGGUCUCGUGAAAAUUUCUGAGGACAUGGAUCGAGAUGAAAGGAUGCUCAAGGAACGGGAAGAUAUACUAGCAGCAGUGUUGCCCGACGCGGUUGCAUAUCAUGACGCCCUGGAGAGAGAGCGUGAAGUCUUGGAAGAGGCAGCCAGAGAGCUGGCCGACUGCGAUCCUGCUGAACUUCAGGCCGCCAGAGACGAGCUAACAAAUUGCGAUGCCGGCAUCGAGGUGAAGCAGAGGCUCAUUGCCGAGAUGCGGCAGCAAUUGCAGUCGGCCGCGUCAAUUGCUGAGGACCUCGGUGCCAAAAAGGAGAACCUGGUACGCGAGAUUGAACAACACGAAGAGGUUCGAGAGGCGUGCCGAGGCUGGACUUGCAGUGAGGUUGAGGCUCUCAAAGCUCGCGUCGAUGUACUCGAGAAACAACAUGGCUGGGCGGUGACGGGCCUAACGGGCUCGAAUCUGUCGAUGGCGUACAGGCGCGAGAUUGAGAUUGUUUUCGACAUUGCCUCGUUCCAGCCUCAUCAGCCCAAUUCCCCAAUCGAUCUUUGGUACAUCGGUGACAGCAAGGAUGGCCAACAAUCCAAGACGGCUGAAAAAGAAUUCUUCUUGCAGUGCAUCCGAGACCACGUUCGAGCUUUGCCUCAAAGCCGAACAAAGAUCUUGGACCUUUUGAACAUGGUUCGCGCGGCAUGGGACAAGGCCCGCUUUGUCGCAACUCAAGUUCGCGCUAUUAAUGUCACGUUUCCGACAAAGGUAGUGAAAACGUCGGAUUCGAGUGUUGCGGUGGUCAGUUCCUUGCUCCUGACGGCGCUCAGGACGAGGGUAGAGGCUACGCUUCAUUUACACAGUCGAAGUGCAUCGCUGGGUGUUGACGUUGGGAUAUCCGCACAUGUCAGUGUGGUCUACGGGGAACCUUUCAAUGUUAGCAAAGUGGGCGAGUUCUUGGCUGCCAAGAUUGGCGACAAGAUCGGCACCAAGGAAGAAGGCUGGAGCGAUGUUCUGAUUGAGCUCCAGAAGAGACUGACUGCGAGGGGCAAGAAGCAGGUCUUGAAUGCGGCGCAGUAA